GCUUGCAUUCGCUUGUAAAUUCUCGAGAGGAACGCGUGCAAUUGAACGCAUUGAACGUUUCAAGGUGAUUACAUAAAGCCGAAUCGGGAGGAAAAACUAUGCAGAAAGCCAUUAAGAAGGAGCUCAGUUUCUCACUGGACACCCUGGAGCGGUAUCGGGCCAAGUAUGGGCGCAGUGCAUCGCUGGACACAAACGGGCAUGUGAUCUACACAGAGAAUGAGUCCACUUUGAGUAUAGGUGGUGUUCCGGCACCGGCAACCAAAUCGCCGGCCAGCAUAUUCACAAGAUCUUCUUCGCCGCCGAAGCUAACCAAACUGCAGGAGCUGCAAAUGAAGAAGGAGGCCUACCUCAGGGCCCGCGAGCACGAGAAGGAAAUGGAGCAGCUGCAGAGCAUACAAAAGAAAACCACAAAUGGCCUGGACGCGGCCAAAGCCAUGCCACCCAAACUGGAAAGCCCAACGAAGACCCCUCCCCCUGCCACGGGCACUGCAGCCGCUGCGGCCACUGCCACCAAAUCCCCGACGCCAGCAGGGUACUCCAACUGGUCGAACCACCAUACAACGCUCUCCUCGCAGCCCUGGGUGGCCAUCUCUGAACUUAUGUACUUUUGCGACAAAUACGAGUUCACGAGCCUGAGCACAAGAGACCUGAAGACACACCAGGAGAUUGUGGCCGAGGUGAGGGCUCUGCUAUCGGGCAAGGCUCCGUUUGAUCAACGCACCCGCUUCCCGGGCAACAUACAUGACCCGGAGAACCUCUGGGUCUGCAUUGGGCGCUGCGCCAGCGUGGAGUAUCACCUCCAGCGCAUUAUCAGCAUCUUUAGGAAGCCCCUCAAUCAGCUGACGCCGGACAAGCAACGGACCGUGCGUCAGAACUUUCAUCUGGCGGUGAGCGAGCUGCGGCUGGACAUCUCGGCGAGGAUCAGCGAAGUGCGUCUAUACGACCGCCUGGUAUUCGAGCGGGAGUUUCGUCUGGAGUGGCAGGAGGCUGACGCCUAACAGGGCGUUAGUGAAAAGCGGUAGAAGGACACGCGCGUGUGGUAACAAUCGACAAUAACUUUUAUUUGCAACACUUUUUGGAAUUGAUCCAUAUCAUUUUUCGGUGCAUGGUGAAAAACGGUUACAAAAAUACACACAGGAUUUGUAUGGAGUAUAGCGAUGCGCAUACAGAGCACAGUACAGAGCGCAUCGUUCUCCAUUUAACAACACACAAUUCAUGGCUCUCAGCCGUGGAUUGCUCUU